AUGAAUCAAGUCAUCAUUUAUUCAGUUUUAAGCUUUUCACUUGCAUUUACUUCUGUUAUUCGAAAAGAACACUUACAACAAACGAAUAUUAUUAUUUAUGGACCACCUGGUGCUGGAAAAGGAACACAAGCUAAUAAAAUCAGCGAAGUUAUAAAAUUAUGUCAUUUAUCGAGUGGUCAGCUGAUUCGUGAUGUAAUUGCAAGUAAUCAGAGCGAGCUAUCAACAUCAUUAAAAGAUCUCGUUGACGCUGGUGAAUUGAUCCCAGACGAAAUUAUAACAAAACUACUCUCAUCGAAAAUCGACAGCAUCGAAUGUAUUAAUGGAACAAUUUUCGAUGGAUAUCCAAGGAAUAUUAAUCAAUCAAUUACGCUUGAUGAAAUAUUGAACGACCGUAACUCAAAACUGACUGCGGCAAUCGAGUUAGAAAUUCCAGACGAUGUUCUUAUAAGAAGAGUUUCUGGUCGGUUAUUCCAUCAGGCGAGUGGACGAACAUAUCAUGUCGAUUUUAAUCCACCAAAAGUUUCAAUGACUGAUGAUGUUACAGGAGAAACUUUAUCGCAGAGAGACGAUGAUAAACCAGAUGUAAUCAGACAAAGAAUUUCUGUGUACAAAGAACAAGCAGGACCGCUUGCAGCUUUCUACGAAUCAAAAGGAAUUCUUAGAAGAGUUAAUGGAACUGGAGACGUAAACUCUGUUUUCAAUGAAGUGUGGAAUGCUUUGGAAUUGACUCAGUUUAAUUAAAUUGCAAAAGAAUGUGCAUAAUUAAUGAAUACACACUGCUGUGCUAGAGAGAUGAAUGUUUGGAUGAAUCACAGCAGGGAAAUUUAAGUUUCACAACAGUUUUAUCUAACGUUAUUUUUCUUCUAAGGUCUUUUUCCUUUUAAGCAACCUACACAAAACGCUUUCAUUUUCAGC